CGCUUUUGGUCAGAGGGGACGCCAAAGGUACUGAGCGAUUCAAAAUAAAUUGCCGGGUCUUCCUUUUCCCACGAAGAAGAGAAAGUCGACUCCAACAUGGCGACUCCCAUGCACAGAAUAAUAGCCAGGCGGCAAGCGGAGGCAAACAAGGAUCAUGUUCGUUGUCAAAAGUGUUUGGAGAAGGGUCACUGGACAUACGAGUGCACUGGGAAGCGGAAAUAUGUUCACAGACCAUCAAGGACGGUAGAAAUGAAAAAGAAGCUGAAGGAAAUUGAAAGUCAACCCAAGAGCAUCACAGGACCGGGACAACAAAGCUCCAAUGACAAGAAAACUAAGAAGGCGAAAGACUCCGACGAGAGCAGCAGUAAUUCGGACAGCUCUUCUAAUGACUCAUCAGACAGCAGCGACUCCUCCAGCUCCUCUUCCGACGACCUCAGCAGUGACAGUGACGACGACAGCUCCUCGUCCUCCUCUUCGUCCUCUUCAUCUUCGUCGUCCCCGGACAGCUCGGAUUCCGGAAGCGAUUCAGAUCAGGGACCUCCAAAGAAGAAGAAAAAGAAAAAAUGAAUUAGUAAUACAAAUGUGCUGUGUUGUUUCUCCCCGGUUUUUAUAUUUUCGCACUUAACAUUCCUGCACCUAGUUAAAUCUAACGAGAAGCUUGUACAGUUUUGUUAAGAUAAAAAAAACAAGACUUUUGGACGGAGUUUUCUUAAAUUUAUUGGUCCUGUGCAGGGCAGCUGUUUGAGGAGUGUACUGUGCUAUUAUGUCUGGACUAAAGUAUAUUUUAACAAGCUCAACACCUUUCUGUGGAAAAUAUGUAAUAUGCAAGUAAAUAAAGGACACUGAAUCAAA